GAAAACAUGUGAUACAGUUCUGAGUGUAUAUUUAUUUAUUAUAUCGUAAAAUGUGGAUUUCGACUUUGGUUUUUAUUUUAUUUUCUGGGCACGUAUAUUCCCAAAAUAUCAACAAGCCACAAGCAGACACAUUCCUAGAUUCGUUGGCGCACAAACUGAAGCUGGAAAAGUGGGAGAAAGAUGAAGCGCCGUGUUUGGAAAGUGCUUUAAAUGUUUUGGAAAACGUGAAGAAUCACACUUUGUGGGCGACAUGGAUGUGGAAUGCCAACUCCCUACCUACAGGCAACCUGUACGGUUCCGCACGACAAUACGCAAGCUACGACCAAUGUCUGAAACCACCAUGGUUGCACACCCAUCCACAACUGAAGACCAAGUACUGUUUCACCGACUUUCUACUUUCUGAUGAAAGCGACUCCAAAAAAGUAGCAGAGUACAACCCUUUUGGACCGACUCUUACGUACAUAAAUUCACUAUCAAUAUCGGGUGCGUCUGUGAAUCACAUCAUGUGGGCUGUAUGUAUACCAGCGUCCUGCUCAUCUUCAGCAGUCUCCAAGCUGAGCAGGGUGGUGUAUGAGGCUGCCACCUUCAGCAGCAUAGCGUCUGACGUCACGGUGAAACACUGCCAGGAGGCUGGGGCGAGCCCACCUUUUUCCGCUGGGUUUUAUAUCUUCAUAGUAUUGGUCCUGUUACUGGUAGCAACUGCUGUGGCUUCUACCUACUAUCGGAAGCAUGUACCAGCUGAAGAUCAGUCAUCAAAUUACUUAAUAAAAAUCAUAACAACAUCUUUCUGCAUGGCCAAGAAUCGAGAAGCUUUAGUAAAGGACAAUAAGGACGAGAUUCGUGUGAUGAACGGUAUCAGAUUCAUGUCUGCAGUCUGCAUAGUGAUUUUGCAUGUGGUAUUCUAUAUGAUACUAUCUGGUAUAAGCAAUUCAAGGGAUGUUGAUAUGUACAUGGAAGGCAUUGGUGGAUUAUUUUUUCACUACGAUCUGAUCGUGGACACAUUCUUCGCUAUAUCUGGUCUACUUCACAUGAAAGGUCUACUGAGCAGACGGCAAAAUCUAUUUGGUGUACUCUGGAAACGUUACAUAAGAUUAAUAGGACCCUUCGCGCUUAUCGUCUUCUAUAUAAUAUCCGUGUCCGAGCACUUUAGUUCCGGUCCGGGCUGGUUCGGAUGGGAGGAGACAAGCAUUUGCGAGAAUUACUGGCUGCAAAACUUGUUCAUGAUAAAUUCGGACAUGGGGCAGAUUUGUCAUGCAGUGAGUUGGUACGUGUGCUGCGACUACCAGCUAGCAAUUCUCGCGACUGUCCUUUUCUUCCUCUAUAAGAUGAACAAGAUAUUUGGCUAUACAGUUUAUGUAGCUGUGGCAAUAUUGUCUAUGGUCAUUCCUGGAGUGCUGACGUAUUUGUUGCAAAUGCCUGCGAUGCCUUAUAUGGAAUAUGGUAAGUAUAUACUCCGAUUCCGCGAGAUUUGGCAGUUCAACCACAUCUACAUAGCGUUCUACGGUCGCGGUGGUCCGUAUGUCGUAGGCAUCGCCAUGGGAUACAUCAUGGGCAUCUACAAACCUGCUGACUAUAGAAAAUCUGUUACCAAAACUUGGUCAAUAAUCACCAUGGCGGUGAGUCUGAGUGGACUGGCAGUCAUGAUGGCUCUCGGCUAUAUAAUAAUCAAUUUUAUUCCACUGGAACCUGGCGUCGUUGCUGGUACCAGCAGAAUAAUAUGGGCUGCGGCCAUCUGUGGUGUUAUAGGGAUGUGUGAAUAUGGAACUGUUCCUGUAAUUCCGAGUAUUCUGGGCUGGUCCGUGUUCACGCCUCUCAGCCGACUGUCCUACGGCAUUUAUAUGAUCCAUCCCCUUAUCGUGCAGAGGCACAAGCUCUCUCAGCGAUCGGCUCAUCUAUUCGACAUAUAUUGCAUUCUCGUCGAUUCCGCGGGCGUAUUGGCCAUAUCAAUAGGGUUAAGUUACGCAAUGUGGCUGUUUGUGGAGGCGCCACUGAUCAAUAUCAACAACUAUAUCUUCUUCAACAGAUCAAAAGGAACAGAAUCAGACAAAAGAAAUGGUGAGAAUGGAGUUCAGCAUCAGAAUGGAGUCGCUAAUACAAACGUUUUGUCACCUGGAAUACAACAGAAUAAAGGUCGUGGUGAGAAUGAAAUGCAACAUCAGGAUGGAAUUGCUAAAACCAAAGCCUUGUUAAAUGACAUUCUACCAGAGAGAGGUCAUGGAGAGAAUGGAAUCCACCAUCAUAAUGGAGAUGCUAAAACCGAUAUUUCGUGA